ACAGGUAUAACGUUGAAACGUUCAGUACAGGUGUAUCGUUGAUGUCAGUAAGUGUUAACCCAACGCUGUGAUAACGAGUAGAACUUAUAAUUAUUGAUUUUUCGACGGACGUUAUGCAAUAUCACGUUCAACGAAAUAUAAUUUUGUACAUGAUUCAGGGGAUAUAUACUCGUUUAUAGUAUUAUUUAAAAAUAAACAUUUUAUUGAUCUCUAAAUCAGCUGCAGCAUGUGGAGCCGAUGGACAUUUCUCUUUGAGUAUAAUACGAAGGCGAGGCACCGGAACUGCCGCCAGCUGACCGUGGUUGCCGCAGCUGCAGCGAUGGUCACGUUGGCGUGCUCCAUGAACAUCGUGGCAGCCGACGAAGGCAUCGCCGACGACUUGGCCGGAGAUUACUGCGCGAAAGUUGGAUGCUGCACCGAGAGGCGGGACGAGGGUUGCUCUGCUCCGAUAUUGGGCACGAUGUGCUACUGCGACGAUUUCUGUUACUUUAACCGUACCGGGUCCGAUGACUGUUGUCCCGACUUUAUGUCGUUCUGCAAAGGCGUCGAAUCAUCGCCGCCCGAACCACUGCUAAGCGACAAAACAAAAUACUCUGACAAACCGAAUUGUAGUCUCGGAGAAGUGAUGAAUAUAAAUUGCAACGAAUGCCGAUGUCGGAAAACCGAUGGAAAUCCAACGAUGAUAUGUAACCACAACGAAUGUCUUAUCGAUCCCUUACUGUUGGACACGAUUAGAAACCAAAGUCGUCAAUUUGGAUGGUCUGCCAAAAAUUACAGUGAAUUUUGGGGCAGGACAUAUGACGAUGGACUUAAGUGGCGGUUAGGUACACUGCAAUCGCCGGAACAGAUUUUACAAAUUGUACCUCUGAAAGCUGUGUUUCAUCGGGAUCAUCUUAAGUCAUCUUUCGAUCUCCGGAAAGUUUUCGGUAAUAACAUUACCGAUCCUAUCGAUCAGGGUUGGUGUGGCGCGUCUUGGGCCAUUAGCACUGCUCAAGUGACCACCGACCGUUUUGUUAUAAUGACCAAAGGACUGAUGAGUGAGGCGCUGUCACCAAAACAUCUGUUGUCCUGUAACAAUCUUGACCUACAACGAGGUUGUCAAGGCGGCCAUUUGACCAGUGCCUGGAAUUGGAUUAGGAAAUUUGGACUCGUCACAGAAGAAUGUUACCCGUGGGAUGGUAGGGCGACGGGUUGUGUGGUGUCCAACCAGAGAAAUAACAAUAACUUAAUCGUGUCAUGUCCGCGUACGGGCAAAACUUCUCAACUAAGACGAGUUGGUCUGAUGUACAGAGUGGCCACAGAAGAGGGUAUCAUGUAUGAGAUCAUGAAUUGGGGAUCAGUCCAAGCCAUGAUGAAAGUGUCCAAAGAAUUUUUCUUGUACGAAUCGGGCGUGUACAAGUGUUCAAAAUUGGCUUUAGGAUCUAAUACAGGAUACCAUACUGUACGAAUUGUUGGUUGGGGCGAAGAGCAACAGAAUGGCAAAACAGUUAAAUAUUGGAUUGUUUCAAAUUCGUGGGGACUUUGGUGGGGUGAAAACGGAUACUUCCGGAUACUAAGAGGAACCAACGAGUGUCAGAUUGAAGACUUCGUCGUAGCCGCGAUGGCGGACAUUGGAAAUUUCUGUAAUGUUGCGGAUCGGUCGUUCAGAGAAAACGCUUCAUACACAUUGAAUGGCACCAAAAUCGAUAUUUCUUAAGCAUAAGUCUAUAUUAUAUAAAAAGUUUUAAAAUAUGUUCUAGUUCAAUCAAUUCAUUCAGCAGACAAAAAAAUAAUGGAGUAAAAAUUAAUCAUUGUAUACUAUAAAAAUGUAUAAGUAUAAUGUAUAAUGUAUAAUGUAUAAUGUAUAAGAUACCUGUACAAUAUUUAUUUGAAAGAUCAUGUUACUGCAUUUAAUUAAUCUGUAGAGCAGAGGUAUUCUAACUGUGCGUCGCGGCUCCCAGGGGCGUCGCCGGAGUUGUCGAAGGGAGCCGCGUAGUAUAAUAUUGAAAACCAAUAAAUAUUUGUACGAAAAAUGUUUACUAUUAUCAUUGAGGCACACCGGUUGGGAAACGUUGAAUUGUCUACAAUCAUUCGCUAAAUUUAGCUUUAAUUUUUUUAUUUAUGUUAUAUGGUAAAUAAAUAAUAAAAAUAAAUUACAAAAUAUACAUUCAUAUAAUAUAUAAACAUUGAUUUUUUUGUCAUUUAUAAUUUGGGAGCCGUCAACAUUUUGUGAAGAUUUAAAGAAGCCGUGUGAUGAAAAAGUUUGAAUACCUCUGCUGUAGAGUAUAUACGAUUAUAUGAGUUGUAUAAUAUACAGUGGCGUAUUUAGAAUACAUGGCUCCUGGGGCGGAAUAAUUUGAUUGCCCCCCCCCCAACGUGUCACUACUCUUUACUACCUCAGACCUUAUACGGUUUAAUUACAAUUUUUUUCUUACCUGUUGGUGGGCAAAUUCGUCAAUAAUGUCGCCAUAUUGGAGUUCAUUUGUUAACUUUGACUCUAAUUGAGUAUGGCUAAAGAGUUUAACCGUUCCACUUAUGCGGAAAAUUUCUCUUACUUCCCCAAAAGUCAUUGCCGUAAUACAAAAUGAAAGCUGGUAUUUCUUUUUUAAUUUAUCAUAUUUAUUUUUUAUUUUUAUGAGCUCAACCUGAAUUUUAGUGAAUAUAGCCCUAUAAGUUGUGACUUUAAAAGUUUGAAAUCAAUUGCAUUGCCACCAUCUGAAGCUCGACCGUCAUCGAUAAAUGUUCUUUUCUUUUCUUAAUUCGUUCCUUUGUACUAACAAAGUCUUCAAUUCCACACUUUUCAAUUCCUAAUCUUUUUGUAGCAUUCAUAUUCACUAUUUGUUCGUAAGUAAUUUACAUAAAAAAUAAAUGAUUGAUAUAUCUCAGCAAUUUGUAGCAAAUCUAUAUCAAUAUCUUUAUCAUCCAUGUUGUAAUAUUUUGCUACAUAAACUAAAACGUUCAAUAAGCAGAUCACCCCAUAAUAUAGACAUGAAGGCAGUUUCCAAACACAAUAAUUGUGCACGACAAAAAAAAUGCAUUGAUAAUCAAAAAGUGUUAUGAAAUACAUGUAAAUCAAUGUGAAUGAUAAAGAAAAAAAUAAUAAUACAUAUACUCAAUAAAAAAUUGCCACUCCCAAAACUGUUAAAAUUCGCCCCCUUUGCAUUUUUGAAUUCGUCACUGGUUAUUUAUUGAUAAAUAUUAGAAAAUCUGUAUCUAAUCUAAGGUUAAUUAGUAUUUAUAAUAAAUGUAUGUAAAUUAAAU